CGCGAAAGAAAAGAGGUCGGGAGCGCUCGCGAGAUCUCAGACCGCCGGACCCGAAAGGUUCUUAGGAAGUUGAAGGGCCCCGAGGAGGCCCCGGGGCAAAUGGCCGGAGCUGGACCAACCAUGCUGCUACGAGAGGAGAAUGGCUGUUGCAGCCGGCGUCAAAGCAGCUCCAGCGCCGGGGUUAGCGCGGGCUCGGGUUCUGGGAUCGAGGGGCAGCCCGGGAGCAAGAGGGGGGGCCGGAGGGGGAACUGCAGCUCCCGGCAGCCUCUGGGCUCGGUGGGAGCACCCCGAGGGCUGUCGGGAGCUGUGGUUCCGCGGGUGGGCGGCCGCCGGGGCGGCGCCGUCUCAGCUUGUGUCCCGCCCCGCUCAGGACUCAGACGGGGAGCGCGAGGACUCGCCGGCCGCGCGGGCCCGGCAGCAGCUGGAGGCGCUGCUCAACAAGACCAUGCGCAUUCGCAUGACAGAUGGACGGACCCUGGUCGGCUGCUUCCUCUGCACCGACCGCGACUGCAAUGUCAUCCUGGGCUCGGCGCAGGAGUUCCUCAAGCCGUCGGAUUCCUUUUCUGCCGGGGAACCCCGUGUACUGGGCCUGGCCAUGGUGCCCGGCCACCACAUCGUUUCUAUUGAGGUGCAGAGGGAGAGCCUGGCAGGGCCUCCCUAUCUCUGACCACGAUCGCGCAUGCUUUACAGACCAUUAAACCUGAAACGAAG